AUGCGGUGGUGGGGUACGUUCCCAGCGUUUCAUGCACAUCAAACAGCGGGUCUUCAGAACGGCGAAACUGAUCGGAAGAGCUUUUUUCGUGUUUCCGGUGUCGUUUCUCGAGCACGGAAGCUCAGCUCUCGUCUGCAUUUCGUGGAUGUGUCACCGUCCGGAGCCCUCGAACCUACAGGGGAUGAGGAGGAAAGCGUGACUCACAGCGCUGCCUCUAGUGAGGCGACACAGACGACAGUUCGGGCCGGCACAACGGCUGAUUUCAGUGGAGGGGGCAGCCAUGCGUGUUCUGGUCCGCCCCUCAAUAAAUUAGUGGAAGAAUGGCCCCCCAAGCAAAUGACGCCGCCGCCUCACACGGCUGACCAUGAAGAGCAAAGAGCAUCGACGCGGUCCUGCCUGCCUUUCCCUGAGGAAAGGAAAUCCGGGAUCCAUGUUAAUCAUCACAGCCGUAACGGGGAGUUCGUUGAAUCAGGGUCCGGAAGCACAACAGAUCCGAGUGUGAUCGGAGGACGCAGGACUCAGCUACUCUUCGACUUCGCUGAGUUUGUGGGGAUAUGCAGGAGCUGCUGCGUACACACGGGAGGGCCGGAGAAAGCCGUGGAACAGACAUGCUAUAGUGAGAUCUGCACAUCUACCCAACAGAAGGAAGACCCACGUGUUCUCUGUCCCACGGACCCCUUUGAGCACUUUCAGACAAUCCAAAAUGCUGUCGAGGGGGGCACACCUCAACCCCGAGAAACAGCUUUCGCGAGCCUAUGUAGCCUGCUCCAUCAUGCUGGCUGUGAGCUGCGGGUACUUGGCUAUCCGACAAAGACCCGUAGUGGUCAGGUCUCACUGGUUGUAACUUUCGUUACUUACCUCAAGGCACCGCCCGCAUACGAAGCUCUCAAUCGGCUAUGCAAGUGCGUUGAGACCGGAGGCCUGCCGCUGGAAAUUCUGAUUGCUUCUACGCGGGCUCAGAGUCAGAGCGGGGAUUGGUUGGGCAGCAUGGCGGAGAAGACAGGAGCUCAACAAUUGUUGCAGUUUGCGGCCCCUGAAAGAAAAAGAGUGCUGAAGCAGCUCUGCCGCUGCUUAACAGGCCGGCCGGUAGAGAGAAUGCGGCCUCCGAGCUUUUCGAUGAAAGACUUUGCCAUCCUCGAUCUGACAACCACCCUCCGGACGACAUGGCCCGUCACUGAGUUCGGCCGUUUUUCGGGCGUACCAGAUAUGGCAACGACAACCCUAUUCCCGCCAUCCGAGAAUCCUCAAGUGCCAUCAUCAGCGGACAAAGAUGCUAACUAUCGGAAGUAUAUGGUACAGAAGAAAUGCCCUCAAGUUCGAUGGAUGAUACAGCGAGUCAGGGACGUCUACCACGCCUUGCUUUCGAAGCAAAUACACGAAUCAGACUCGCUACCACCCGCGCCAAAAAAUAAUAAACCAUCCUUCAGGUGCCUGGAUGUCGGCGGUGGAAAAGGUGACCUCGGCAUCGCCUUAGCAACCGCCUUUCCCGAGUUUCGUGUCACUGUCCUUGACAUCAAUGCCACGUCCCUCGAGGCAGCCCGGCAACGCGCAAGGGAUUCAGGGAUCCUUAACAUCGACUUCGUGUGUGACGACUUCAGCCACUACGAAAUUAGCUCAGACACAAGACUAAUUGUGGGUCUGCACUCGUGCGGCGGCCUUGCCGACUGCAUCCUUGCCCGCGCUGUGGCGCUAGGAGCGAGCUUUCUUGUUUGCACCUGCUGCUUCUGCAAGCACCCGCAUCUGAGGACAGAGUUCCUGGUGAAGCGACUGCGGGAGCUCCACGGUUCCAGUUUGCCACUAGAGCAAGAAGCCGAUGCAGAGUUCGAGCCCGGCACUGAAACGUAUUCAAGCCUGGGACGGCUCACGACUGUCAAAGAUAGCGGAGUUUCCCUAACAGACCCGUGGCCUAGUCCCGGGGGUACAGACCCGAAGACUGCAAUAGGGUCACAGCUAGAACGGCUGUUGAUGACGGAGAGACUCCUUCCCCUCCUAUGCAGAUUGGCAGAGAGCAGCGAAAGGGCAAUGAGCCUGCAGGCCAUGCACGCGGUAAACGCGUGGCGAAUGGCCUGCGUACUCGAGAUAAGCAGGCAACCAGAUAUGCCGCCCCUAAGCGGUUCCAACGUGCUCGCGGAGCAAGUCCUGUACAGGGAACUUUGCAUAAAAGCAUUCUCGGAAGACUAUUCUCCGAAGAACCUCGUGCUUACUGGCGUUGCAAGGUGA